AUGUCGCGGCGCAAGCAAGCCAAACCGCAGCACAUCAACUCCGACGAGCCUGGAUCGAUGGAAAAUGGGAUUCAUCAAGGUGAUUCCGCUGAGGAGAUUGGAAAUGAAGUAAAGAGGUUCAGAAUGGAUGAAACCAGAGUGUGCACCAAGUGCUGUGCUGAAUUCUUCGAUGAAGAAGAAUUUCUUGAACAUGAGAAAAAUUGCACAAAAAGUCAGCAAGUGGUCAUCAUGAAAGAUGGAGACGGCAGUGACGAACCUGAGAAAUAUUCACAGGGUUCUUCUGAAGGCCUUACCAGUGAUCACGAAGACAGCCACUCCAGCAAUCAUUCUCCAUCGCAUGCCAACACAGACCAGCUGGAAAGAUUGGAGGAGGAGUCCAGUGCAAAUGCAGAGGAUUCCAGACACCAGGAUCGGGGAGAGAUGUCUGCUAGUCCUGAGAUGACUUUCCAACCCUCGCCGAAAAGGCAAGAUUCAAAUGUUACUCUUGAAACCAUGGCUGACACUAAAGUGGCCGUUUCCCAAAUUCCUUCAAACACUUCUCAGACUUCACAGGAUGCCAUGCAGGCCAUUCCAGUAAUCUUGGAACAGCUAGUGUGCCUCCAGCAGCAACAGCUACAGCAAAUCCAGCUCACUGAACAGAUCAGAAUCCAAAUAGCCAUGAUGAUCCCACAGGGUCUCCAAUCAUCAGUAGAGUCAACAAUGGAUCCUCUGAGAGCCCUUGGUGCACAUCUCUCUCAGCAACUGUCUGCUGCAGCAGCACUGAUAGGAAAAAGAACCGGCAGUCAGAGCCUUUCCAUGGAGAAACUAAAGCAAGGUAAACUACCUCUACCCACUGGCACGUCUCCUGCUCUGAAUGCAGGAAUGGGCUCGAUGGCAUCAAACACAGACCUUUUAAAGGGUGCUCCAGAUCUAGCCGGACGUUUACCAGUACUCAUGCCACAGUCUCCAGGUGUUCUGGGUUUCCCUAGCGUGUUCAGUGGAGUCCAGGCAGGGAUCGAUGCCUCCAAAAAAGUGAAGCCAAAGAUGCUGAACAUCCCACCAGAAUCAAAGAAUGGGGACCCACUAUACAAGCACAAGUGCAAAUACUGUGGAAAGACUUUUGGCAAUGACAGUGCCCUCCAGAUUCAUUUGCGUUCUCACACUGGGGAGAGGCCUUUCAAGUGUAACAUCUGUGGAAACCGUUUCACAACCAAGGGAAACCUCAAAGUGCAUUUCCAGCGGCAUAAAGACAAAUACCCUAACAUCAGCAUGAAUCCUCAUCCUGUACCCGAGCACCUUGACAAUAUUCCGACCAGCAGUGGGAUUCCCUUUGGUAUGUCCGUACCCAUGGAUGAGUCAAACAUAACCGAAAUGAAGCCUGUGCUAAGUCACCCAGCGGCUGUUUUCAACCCAUCAUCCAUGCCAGGGUUCAAAACAUUUGAUGGCUUUGGGGGUGAUCCAUUUUCCCAGAGACCCUCGCCAUCAACAAGUGAUGGCUCCCCAAAUGUUUCGUCUGUGUAUGGCCAAGAGGCGGGCCUGGAGCCCAACCAGAAAGAUGCUAAAGAGCUGCUUGGAGCAUUGCACCACAUGAAUGGUAAUGCUCUCCUAGGGGAGCAAAGCUCUGGAACAGCAAAACUUCAGCAGAUGGUGGAUGGACUGGAGAAGAAGACCGGUGAUCCCAAUGAGUGUGUGAUCUGCCAUAGGGUACUGAGUUGUCAGAGCUCACUCAAAAUGCAUUAUCGCACACACACUGGCGAAAGGCCAUACAAGUGCAAAAUCUGUGGCCGCGCAUUCACCACAAAGGGUAACCUCAAGGCUCAUUAUGGUGUGCACAGGGCUAGCACUCCUCUUAAAAUGCAACACUCAUGCCCAAUCUGCCAGAAAAAGUUCACAAACGCAGUGGUUCUGCAGCAGCACAUUCGCAUGCACAUGGGUGGGCAGAUCCCCAACACCCCGAUGCCAGAAAACCAGUUUGAACCAGCAGAAGCAAUUGUGCCUUCUCUCUCAGUAGAGAAGCCUAUCGACGCCAACGGAUUUGAAGCCAGCAUGGAAGAUCAAGAGCCAGAGCUGAACAAGACAGCAAAUGACUCCUCCAAUUCCCUGCCAUCUGCUGCUGAGCAGCAACCACAGAAGCUUGCAGCCCCUGCAAUGUUAUCCAGCCUAGAUGUUUUGAAGAAUCUCUCCUCUGCUCUUGCACUGAAACGACAAAAUAGCACUACUUCAGAAAGUGAAGGAACAUCCAAAGAAUCCCCACCAGCUCAGAGAGAGCAGGAGUAUCAAAACGGCCGUAGUCCCUCCAUCUCAGACUCUGCUGCGUCAUUUCGCUCCUCUUCUCCGGUUAACAACAUUAACGGCAAAUCUCCUCAGCCUGCUCUUGAUGAAUUUCCCCAGAGCGGGUCAAAACCAGAGUCAGAUGACGCUAAAGAUGAGUCAAGUGGCGCACUUGACCUCACAGCUUCCAGCAGCUUCACCCCAAAAGCAAUUAAGGAAGAGCCUGGCAUGUCAUUUUCAAAUGGAGACUAUGUAGCUUCCAGUAACAUGCCUUUCAUGAGGAUACCACCAACGUUGGCCAGUCUAGAGAUGAAGAUUCCCCCAGAGAAUCCUCUGGGCCCUCACGGGUUGUUCAGCUCCCAUGUGCCUCAGGGAACAGCCAUGCCCUCCUCAGUCUCCCCUGCGCCACGACGAUCAGCCAAACCACAUGUGUGCCAUGUCUGUGGCAAGAACUUCUCAUCUGCCAGUGCCCUGCAGAUCCAUGAGCGCACACAUACAGGGGAGAAGCCUUUCGCCUGCCACAUUUGUGGCAGGGCUUUCACAACGAAGGGAAAUCUAAAGGUUCAUAUUGGCACCCACAUGUGGAACAACUCAUCAAGGCGUGGCCAGCGUCUGUCUCUAGAUAAUCCCAUGGCGUUGAUGGCAAUGACCCCAGAUGCAAAAAUGAUGCCAGAAAUGAUGCAGGCCCCCAAAGAGCUGGUCGCUCCUCCGAUGAACUUUGACCCAUCUCUGUGGAACCAGUAUGCGACUGCUGCCUUCAGUGGUGGCCUGACCAUGAAGACCAACGAAAUUUCUGUCAUCCAGGGAGGUGGCAUCCCACUCCCUGGGAGCCCUGCUGGUGGGCCCCUGAUUGGCUCCACUGGAGGCCUCAUGAAGAUUGAUGGAUCCCACUCAGGCUUGCCUGCCACCAUGGCUGAAAUUGAGAAAAAUGGCUCAGACAGUGUGCCAAAAUCACAGUUUCCACAUUUCAUGGAAGAGGGCAAAAUAGCAGUUAAUUAG